AAUGGUCUACUCGUGAACAGUGCCAAGUAUUGUGUACAGAUAGUUCGCAGUAACCGGAUUACCACUGCGUCUGAACGAUGUGAUUUGACCGAGUUCGUUGGCACGGCGGCAUUAGCUGCAAAACCUCGAGAAUCGGCCACACGCUUGAUUAGUUCAACACUGGUCCCGGCCAUCAUCGCACCACUGUGGUUGCGACCGGGCUCGGGACGUUUACGCGUCUAUCUCUAUUUGGAUGGAAUGACUCGAGUGUUAAGGGUUGAAGAUGCAGCCGAUGAGUCCAGCCUAUUGGACCCAGCAGACUUACCAGCUGUGGCUAAUUUGCCGGAAUCACUGAAUUCGGCACGAUGGGGAAAUCCAUUGUUCAUUGAACGUUUUCCCAAGAAAUCAGGUGCUGCCACUCCAUGGCUCAAUCGACAACUUUCCAAUAGUCCGUUGAAAGACGCUCCACACUUCAAAGCUACGAUUGUGCUUCCCUAUGGAAUUGGUGUCAGUGUCAUUUCCGCGUUCGCGGAGGAACUCAUCUACGCCUCGUUACUCAACAUUCGCAUAUCUUUCAAUCGAUUACCGAAUCCCGAUACAUCUGACGCCCCUCCUGAAAUCAGCUCACCCCAAGGUCUUGAGGGCCUUAAUCUGGCCACUGAUGUGUUACAGCAACACAGUGCUCCAACCUAUCAAGCAGAGUUGAAUUCAUCGGAUCCAGGCACGUCAACGUCGCGUUCUCGAGUUGGGUCCGGUGAAUGGGAUAUGGGUUGCACGGAUUUUCGUGCUAUUGCUUCGCGUAGUUAUUUUGCGGAAUCGGUCGAAAUGAGCAUUGGACAUAUUCAGAUCGAUAGCCAGUUCCCCGGUGCGCUUUUCCCAGUGUUGUUGUUUACCGAUCACUUUGAUGUGGAAAAUUCGAUGCCACCACAACUGUCUCGCUUACAACCUCCCUCGGUUCAGCCAACUGCCGGUAGGCGUGCUAAAAACAGAGUCCUUGCAGAAUCGUGUGCCAGUGAAAAAGUAUCCUCCAAAUCUACCCCUUCUUCAGCCCUAGUGCCCAGAUCCGUUCCACGUCCAAAACCGCGACCGACACUUCUAUUGCGCUUUGAACGUGAAGUGCAGAAUCGUUGGGAUAUCCGAAUCAGUCCAAUCGUGAUUCAGGCCGAAGAGUUACUUCUUUUGAAAUUGAUUCAGUUCUGGCAACGCGUAAUGGAUCCGCUCAGAGUCGCGGGAAACUACUCAGUCACUUUGGAUGAACCCAUUCAUCCCAGGGCUAAUGAUAGUCCCGUUACCGAUAAUGGAACACUCCUCUGGUUCGAUCAUCUCUGGGUCGCCCCGAUCAUUAUCCGACUGAGUGUGCAAACAGCGAAAAAUUCACUGACAUCUUCGAACUUGUCUGGAGCUAAACGUCUACUGCCGUCACUGAUGAGCUUCACAAACGCUGAUGUGCAGUUAGGUUCCGUGGAUCGUGUUCACGUGCUGGAAAGCCUCUCCUGUUUGCUGGAACAACUGAACACACACUAUCACAUGCAGCUACUCGCCAAUGCGGUGCACAUCUUUGGAUCCGUGGAUUUUCUCGGUAAUCCGAUUGGAUUGAUCAAUGAUCUGACCUCAGGGAUUUCCGGUCUGGUAGAUUUGGAUGUGGGUAGUCUGAUUCGUCACGUGGCUCAUGGUGUUGGAGACAGUACUUCCAAGAAUGCACAUAUUCCGGGGACUGUCUACGUUGUUCGUGGCAUUUUGGUUCCUAUAUCGAUGAAUAAAUCACUGCACGUAGUGUAA